GGCCAUCUUCGGCCUCGGCGGCGUCGGCGGCGGGCUCGCAAGCGCCGCGGCGCUGGCAUGCAGGUGGAGCCCACCCUGCCCGACCUCGGCUGCGACGGCGGCGGCACGGCGGACGGCGGCGGCGACGACGGCCUCGAGGACGACAGCUGGGCGGACACUCUGUCCCGCCCAGCGCCCUUGGCCGAUGCGCCCGCCGCCGCGCCCGGCGCUGCCGCUGGGGCGCUGGCUGCGGAGGCGCCCCCUACUCAUGAGUCGCCUGGAGCAGGGCUCGGCGGCGAGGGGGGGGGCGCCGAGCUGCCCGCGGAGGGUGCGCCCGAGGCGGCUGCUGCUGCUGCUGCUACUGGCGCGGAGGCGGAGGAUGGCUCGGACGAGGCCUCGGUGAAGGCCGCGCUGAUCUCAGCGUGGCUCAGGACGCCUGGGGCCCGCGUGGCCGCCUUCCAGCCCCACUUCGCGAGCUGGCCGCUCGCCCGCCUCCGCACCUGGCUCGACCAGGCGGUGGAGGUGCCCGACGCCGGC